AAUGCCACAAGACCUGUGGAUUAGUCAACAGUGCUCCACCAAUGCUUGUUCCUGGUUCUGAUCCUUGCACUGAUGUUAUGUAAGAUGCUAACAUUUAGAGAAGCUGCCCCCCCAAGGAUUACGGGAAAUUCUAUUUUUGCAACAUUUUAGAAAGUCUGAGAUUAUUUCAGUUCAAAUGGGAAGUUUAUCUUUAACGAAGAGAAGUUGGAGUCUGCGGCGUGCCAGCCCGUUGGGGAUCUGAGCCUCCCAAUAGUGCGACCCUGGGCUCCACUCCCCCGCCUCGAGUGGGAGGCGUCGCGGCUGAGCUGGGAGCUCCGCGCGCCCGACAAGCACCGCCCCCGGCCGGCUCUCCCCGCCGCGCAGUCAUGCCCCACUCAGCGCUGUCCUCGCUCGUGCUGCUGAGCCUCGCCACUGCCAUCGUCGCCGACUGCCCUUCGUCCAUCUGGGUCCAGUUCCAAGGCAGCUGUUACACUUUUCUUCAAGUAACCAUCAAUGUGGAAAACAUAGAGGAUGUCAGAAAACAGUGCACUGACCAUGGGGCAGAUAUGGUAAGUAUACACAAUGAAGAAGAGAACACAUUUAUACUGGACACUUUACAACAGCGAUGGAAAGGCCCAGAUGAUCUCCUGCUAGGCAUGUUCUAUGACACUGAUGAUGCAACUUUCAAGUGGUUUGAUCAUUCAAAUAUGACAUUCGACAAGUGGGCAGAUCAAGAUGGUGAGGACCUAGUUGACACCUGUGGUUUUCUGUAUGCCAAGACAGGUGAAUGGAGAAAAGGAAAUUGUGAAAUUUCUUCUGGGGCAGGAACACUUUGCAAAGCAGCAAUUCCAUAUGACAAGAAGUAUUUAUCAGAUAACCACAUUUUAAUAUCGACUCUGGUGAUCGCUAGCACAGUAAUUCUGGCAGUUUUGGGAUCGAUCAUUUGGUUCCUCUAUAGAAGAAAUGCACGCUCUGGCUUCAGCUCAUUUUCACCUGCUCCACAGUCACCUUAUAGUGAUGGCUGUGCUCUGGUGCUUGCAGAAGAAGAUGAAUACGUUGUUCAGCUGGACUGAGAGUUUGGAAAUAUCAGACCAGCAUAUUGAAUACUUUGACAAUAAUUCCCUGUGCAAGAUUUUCAUAUCAAAGUUGCCACAGAGAACUGAAGCUUUUAUGAUAUUCCUUAUAACAAUAUUUUCAUGUAUUCAACGCGACAAAACAUUAACCUGAUUUAAAGAAAAAAAAAAAUACAGGUUUCAGAAAAGGAGCAACCACAGAUUUAACUUUCAAGUUUUCUUAAGUAGUUUUCGUUUGAGUAAAUGACAGCUCCAAGUACAAUAAAGCCGGUAAAGCGCA